UCUCUCACUGCAUGAGGUGUGGGAGUUGUCCUGUGGCACUUGCAACCACCACUAUCAUCUUCGGGAAAUACCUGCAGGAACGCCCAUCUCGCCGCGUCGGACGCGCAAACGAACGAGUGCCCUAAUCGACACGCUCAAACUCGCGGCGCAUUUCGACGCCGGAUUAGUACCACUCCAUGGUGGGAUUCGGCGGAGCGCGCUUGCUCCACUGAGUGGCGGCGUCUUUUGUCCCAUCUUCUCUGCAAUACGAUCUCUGCUGGCUGCAACGUGCGACUAGUUCGAAGGAUAAACCAUGGGCAACAUACAGACUGUUGGCCCCAACGAGGCCCUCAUAGUGUCCGGUGGAUGCUGUGGUAACGCUGGCAAAAAGAUGGUCGUAGGUGGCUGGGCAUGGGCAUGGUGGCUGGUCACAGAUGUACAAAGGUUGACACUAGAAGUGAUGACACUGACGCCCCGUUGUGAACAUGUGGAGACCUCGCAAGGUGUGCCACUGACCGUCACGGGAGUGGCGCAGUGCAAGGUGAUGACGGAGAAAGAGUUCCUCUCGACAGCUGCCGAGCAGUUUCUGGGCAAGGAUGUUGACCACAUCAAGGGAGUUAUCCUGCAGACACUCGAAGGACACCUGCGUGCAAUCUUGGGCACACUCACAGUGGAAGAGGUCUACCGGGACAGGGACCAGUUUGCCUCGCUUGUUCGGGAGGUCGCCGCACCGGACAUUGGCCGCAUGGGCAUCGAGAUUCUCAGCUUCACCAUCAAGGAUGUCUUCGACCGGGUCGAGUACCUCACCUCGCUGGGGCGGGCCCGCACUGCGGCCGUCAAGCGGGACGCCGACAUCGGCGUGGCCCAGGCCGAGAGGGACGCUGGCAUUCGGGAGGCAGAAUGUGAGAAGUCUGCCAUGGAUGUCAAAUAUGGGGCCAACACCAAAAUUGAGGACUCCAACCGGAUGUACCAACUGCAGAAGGCCAACUUUGACGCUGAAGUCAAUGCUCGGAAAGCAGAGGCACAGCUAGCAUACGAGCUUCAGGCCGCCAAGGUGAAGCAGAAGAUUCGUAACGAGGAAAUUGAGAUCGACGUUGUUGAGCGACGCAAGCAGAUUUCCAUCGAAGAGAAAGAGAUACUGCGUCGGGAAAAGGAGCUCACGGCCACUGUCAGGUUGCCUGCCGAGGCAGAAGCCUACCGUGUAGAAAUGGUAGCCCAGGGAAAGAGAACGCAGACAGUGGACGUGGCUCGGGCCGAGGCGGAGCGCAUCAAGAUGAUUGGUGCCGCGGAAGGGUACGCCAUCGAAGCCGUGGGAAAGGCUGAUGCUGAGCGGAUGCGUAUGAAGGCUGCUGCGUACAAGCAGUUUGGAGAUGCUGCCAUCCUCAGUCUUGUGCUGGACACCUUACCAAAGAUCGCAGCAGAAGUUUCAGCGCCACUGGCAAAGACCGAUGAGAUUGUGAUGAUCAGCGGAGAAGACCGCACGACUGCCGAGGUGACCAAGCUGGUCAGCCAGAUACCUCCCACCGUCCAAGCCCUUACGGGCGUAGACCUCGCCAAGAUGAUGUCGAAAAUCCCUGGAAUGGCGAAAUAACCUCUCGGGACGCGAAGAGAGUCAAGGAAAGAACACGGGGUUCCGGAACGCUACAGAAAACUUGGGGGGGCUCCUGGUGUAGCAUCAUCUGUCGCAGUGUGUGUGUGUGCGUGUGCAUGUGUGUAUGUGCGUGUGUGCACACGUGUGCUUGCAGUGUCGCUUCAUUAGCUUUGCCAGCCCCCCAUUUCAAUGGUGACCCGGCUAGUCAGGCUCCUGUCACAGUCAGCUUACUAUAAAUCCAGAGGGAGCCAAGGCAGCGGAAGAAAGGCAUGGUGCGCAUAAUAUACAUGGCUAUUUUGAACAGUGGACAGAAAGGAUAGCGAAAAGAAAAAGGGGGGGGGGGGCAGGAUGCGCUGCGUCCCCACUAGGAGAGUUGCCUGGUGAUGCAACGUACCAGCGAAAAAAAAGCCGUCUAGUGCCUCCAAACUUUUUGAUUGGAAGAAAUCUUUGCCCAAUCACGUGUGUGGCUGCAGCACAAGUGCUUUUCUGUCUCCAAGCAGACGUGGAUCAGGAUCAGAUGCAAGCAUUUAGUUUUUUUACUUGAUUUGUCAGCUUCGUUCGGCUUUACUAGCACUGUUGUCGAUUUCUUCUUUAAAGAAAGUGGCAUUUUAAUUGGCUUUAUUGUUUUGGAAUGUUCACAGCUUUCUUUGUUUUUAGAGGUAGUUCCAUUUGCACAGUUGUGCAUGCUUAACAGAGAAUGACCGCAAGCUGUCUGUGCAAUCCUCUUUUCAUCUAACUGCAUGUUUCUCAAGAAAGUCUCGUUUAGCUCUUGGCACUUUGUACAAUGCCGGUUAUAGCUGGUACUCUCUGUUCGUGUAAUGUAGCCACAGCGCUGUCACUAAGUGUUGCAUCGGCUCAUCUGCUGUCAUGACAGCAACUCACAGUGCUACGUGCUCACGUCCAAAAGUGGCGAACUGAAAUGGACGCUAUGUGCUGCAGCAACGCACUUUCUUGUAGCGCUAGACGUUUCUUUCAUGGGUGUGUCGUGUCGUCUACGAAACGUAUGCAAUCAUUAGAACAAAGAUGUUCCUUUCAAAAUAAUGUUGCAAGGUUGUUGCGGAGAGGCUAAUGUCAGUCCAAACUGACAGUGAGCUCGUUCGUCAAAAGCACAGUCAUUCCGAUGCAGGCAGUUGAGAUAACGCACUAGCAAAUGUCAACUUAAUGCUCCCUGGAUCGGUUAGCAGCAGACAAGCUGUAUAUUUAAUGUAGGUGUUGGUGAUUCGUCUACGUGAAAAUAUUUCCUGCUCCGGAGCUUGUGCUUGAACGCAGGAAGAGAUGAGAGUAAUAUGUGAGAAAUUUUACCUAUAUGUGUACCUUUUUUCUUUGUUGAAAGGAUAUGCAAGUAACCAAAUGCAAUAUUCUUGAGAGCAGCAUGGUGUGAAAUCAUUUGUUAUUGCUAACGAGAGCAUUGUAUUGGCUUAUAUUGGCAACAACCUUUUCUUUUUAAGCACUCGGAACAACCGUCACAACAGGACAAAGCAUUGAACACUAGCUUUGCGUUAUCGCUUUGGAACCAAUAUAUUUGUAGAUACUAUGUGUGUGUUUUUAUUCGUACCUGUUUCUCAAAUGUUUUCUCAUUUUAGAAAUCUCUUGUCACUGUCGCUGGAGUACAGUUGAGUGAACAGCUUUUGUAAAAUUGUAUUCUGCAUUUUAGGGUCACUGAAACUGUGGACAGUACGAAAAACACUUAUGACAUUUUAGGCUGUCUAUAGACAGUUACCUGUGCUGUUUUUUGCACAUUCUUUGCAUGUUGUACUCGUUUUACAGCAAGCCAAAACUUUUGUUUAGAUCUUUGUACAACGACUUUAGAAACAACUCUUGUGUUCAGCUGUGUACAGUAUUGUUUUUUUGUUUUUUUUUUUUUUUUUGAUAAAUGCUGUCACACCUUUUGUGUUUUUUGCCUCUGUACCUUCACCUUGUUCCUGGUGACAUCAUUUAAGAGAAAACUCCUAUUUACACGACUUAUUUUUGUUGCUUUUUCUUUUUGCUUACGUUGUCAGUUCGAAGUGUUUGUACCUUGUUUGUCUUUGGUAUUUCUGAGAGUGUUAUUCUUUGCCAGCGACUGCAAGGGACGUAAUAAAAGUACUAUAAAUAACACAAAGUAGAUUGCAAAGAACACUUUUCGAAAGCCUGAUACAUGCUGAUUGCAUAUGAAAAACAUUGGCAACAUAGGGUCUGCUUGGAACUACAAUGGACAGUGUCUUUUGUGUCUGUGUUCUGAAUUUGUCUCUUCUCUCUGCAUUGCUGUCAAAGUAUUGUAGAAAUGCUAAGGAAAUAUAUUAGGGGUGUGCGAAUAUUCGAGUUUCGAAUCUAAUCAAAUAAUACCUAAUUGAAUAAUUCGAUUCAACUUUCGAAUAGCUAGUGUUCGAAGUUUCGAAUAAUUCGACAGGACGAAUAUCAAAAACGCGACGCCCAAUGGUGCAAGUUGGUUAGGGUGGGGUGGCUAAAACAAACGCCAAUGUCGUUACAGUAGGUCUUUCAUUAACUUUUACGGAUAUCCUGGUUGAAAAGAGAGCACAUGUUUAUUUUGAAGGAGAGUAUGCCGCUUCCGCACGUAUAUAAAAAAAAAAAAAAUGCCGAAAACUGUCAAGCCCUUUAUAGCUUCGUUUGCGAAAAGAAGGCAUGGACUUCUUGCAUAGUUCGGUCGCGUAUGCUGCAAGCGCCGUAAAACGUCCAGACUUUGGCCGGCGAAACCCUUGAUGGUUGGCUUCACAGUGAAAAUUUGUCUACGCUGUGCAGUCGCCCCUGCCACACCGCACCACUUAUUCAGAAACCCCUAUCGCUUCGGCGCGUUUCCAACUGCAGGAAACACCAUAACAUCAUGGCGAGAACCUGAAACCAGGUCAUGUGGAACAGCUUGUCUUCCUGCAUGACAAUUUUUAGUCUUUCGGUAGCAGUCACUCACCGUGUUAUGUGUUCGAGGACAUGAGCAGAUUUUGUUUCUUUGUACUUUCUUUCAGUUUUCAAUAAAAUCUUUUCUAUUUGAUA